GGCGGUAAAGGUUGUGGGAUGUGGAAUUUGGCCGUUAAUGGGUUUCUCGGCAAGUUACUGCAAUACUCCUUGAAAUUGGCACACAUUAUUGUCUGCUGUGGAUGGUGGUGGCGGGAAAGCGGGCUAUUUUAGGAGGUCAUAUGGAUUUUAUAUCUAUUUGAAGAGGAGCAAGAUCAUAUAAACAAAUACAAGUCCUCCAUUCUCCAACUUGUUACGCUGGAACUAGUAUCCCAUCCCCCUCAGGUGUUCAGCCAGCCGUUAGGCUCGAGCGCACCUGUCGAUUGCGUCAGCCGCCAACCAACGGCCGUUAGUGCGCGAGAGUAUCUGGCGGCGACGUCACCCAACACCAACCGUCGUGCCGGAGUGGGCCGAUCAUGAGCUGACCUCCCUGCUCCUCCUCCCUCCACCCGCUUAAAACACCCGAGCGAGGUCGGGGUGGGGAGGCCGGAGCCGCUUCGGCCACGGUCGGAAACAUUCGGCUAUUUCCGUGAGCGCCGCUCACCAACUUGAACAAUAACAAUUACCGCAACUUGACAUCCAUGAUUUAAUGGCGUGCGUGUGACAUCUUGGAAACCGUAGCCAAUUAUUGCCUCCUGUCCCUCCCACGGCAUUGUAUUGGAGCUUUUAAAAAAAAUCCUUAAUGACUUGCACCAAGUUUCUUCUUGGUCUUGCAACGGUGGAACUGACUUGGCUAUAAAAUGACUUAGGUUGAGGCCACCUGAAAAUCUAUCGCAUCGUUAUGAGUUGUAUCCGUCGGCUUUUGGUGGCUGUUCUCUUUACAAGUAUUCUUAGUGAGUUUAAUAGCAGUAAGCAGCCGUACACCAACACCUGGGCUGUCUACAUCUCUGGUGGGGCAGGGGAAGCCAGAAGGAUAGCUCGCAAGCACGGAUUCAUCAACUUAGGACGGGUUUUUGAUGAUGGGCGCUAUUACUAUUUUAAACACCAACGAGUGUCAAAACGAUCUGUCAUUCCACACCAGAUCCGACAUAGGCGACUGGAAAAGGAACCCAAGGUGAAGUGGCUGGAACAGCAAGUAGUGAAAAGUCGGCAGAAGCGAGCAUUUUCUGUUCCUUCAGAUCCUCUAUACCAUAAGCAGUGGUAUUUGAACAAUGCGAUCCCUAAUGACCUAAACGUUCUGUCCGCCUGGAAGCGGGGUUACACAGGUGAAGGGAUUGUGGUAUCCAUCCUGGAUGAUGGAAUAGAGAAGAACCAUCCAGACUUGGCCAAAAAUUAUGACCCUAAAGCAAGCUUUGAUAUAAAUGAUGAUGAUCCUGACCCCCAACCCAGAUAUAACUUUAACGAUGAAAAUCGGCAUGGAACACGGUGUGCAGGUGAAGUGGCUGCUGUGGCCAAUAAUCUCUGUGGUGUUGGUGUAGCAUACAAUGCCAAAAUUGGUGGAGUAAGAAUGCUUGAUGGUGAGAUUACUGAUGUAGUGGAAGCCCGCUCGCUCAGCCUCAACCCUCAACACAUUCACAUCUAUAGUGCUAGCUGGGGCCCAGAGGACAAUGGGCAGACUGUGGAAGGGCCAGCAGUAUUGGCAAGUCAGGCAUUCCUCAGGGGUAUUACAAAAGCCUCAACAUCUCUAUUCUUGGAUAGAAUUCUGAACACUCAUCAGCCUUUGAAAAAACUUCUCCAAUUCACAGCCCUAAAAAUAGUUAUAACCCUUCUCUUUAACCUGAGCCUACAGGGUCGAGGUGGUCUUGGUUCCAUUUUCGUUUGGGCAUCUGGUAAUGGAGGCUUCCAAUAUGAUGACUGUAACUGCGAUGGCUAUACCAACAGCAUCUACACACUGUCUGUAGGCAGCACAACUCAACUAGGGAAUGUUCCAUGGUACAGCGAGGCCUGCUCUUCAACGCUAACCACCACUUACAGCAGUGGAACCAGAUUGGAAAAACAGAUUGUAACAACCGAUCUUCGCUUACGAUGUACAGAGAAACACACUGGAACAUCAGCAUCUGCACCACUUGCUGCUGGGAUCAUAGCCCUUGCUCUGGAAGCAAAUCCUACAUUGACCUGGCGUGAUAUGCAGCACAUUGUGGUGAGAGCAUCUAAACCUUUGCAUUUGAAAGCAGGCGACUGGACCAAGAAUGGUGUCGGCCGCAAAGUGAGCCAUCACUAUGGGUAUGGACUACUGGAUGCUGGAUUGUUGGUGGAUUUGGCAACAAAGUGGUUGACAGUGAACCCACAGAGAGAAUGCUCCAUAGACAUUAGUAAAUCCGCACAAGUUAUUUCUGACAAGCUUGUUAUCCAGAAAUAUGUUGAUCCUUGUUCUCAAACUAAAAAAUACAUCCGAUCUCUUGAACACGUGGUGGUUAGAUUGUCACUAAGCUACACUCGAAGAGGUGAUCUGAGAAUUGCACUUACUAGUCCCAGUGGGACAUAUUCCAAGUUGGUUGAUGUAAGACCAUAUGACACAUCAAGCCAUGGGUAUAGAGACUGGACCUUCAUGAGCGUACACUGCUGGGAUGAAGACCCAAAAGGAAUUUGGACGCUUAAGAUUGAGAAUAAAGGAAGUUCCACAAACACCGGUGUUCUGUCCUAUUUUAAGUUGCUCUUGUAUGGUACUGACGAAAACAUGAUGACAAGACGCACCAAGAAUACAGUGAUAAGCCACUGCAUCAACUGGAAUGAAGAUGGGGUCUGUGAAGAAUGCCAAGGUAACUUUGUCAACUUCGGACGUCUUUGCCUCGUCACCUGUCCUCCACAUUAUUACAAUGUUUCAAGAAUUUUAAAUAAAACAAUGAGUGGUGUUCGCAGAAAUUUCACAGUGGAUACCUGUGCUCCUUGCCAUCCAUCUUGCUAUUCCUGUGAUGGCUAUUCUGUAAAUAACUGUCUGACAUGCCCUCCAUUUUCUAAUUAUGAUGAAAAGCAACAGUCUUGUUCACUUCCUAUUUAUCCAAGACAUUUUGGUAUGAGUGAAAGGAAUAAUCAAAUGGAUGGGCUUCACAAAAUUGUUGUGGUUGCAAUCCUUAUUGGUGCACCUGUUGCUCUGAUAUGUGGUGUAACAUCGUUGUCAUGGUUGAUACUCCGUUUAAGUAGGAGGCAGACAGUAAUGGUAACCACCUCUGUGCCUGGAGCCUCUGAAACAACCCAACUGCAUGUACAGCGUGACACUUCAGAUGAGGGAACUGGAAGCAGUGAGACGGAGUCCACGUACUUUAUCACACGGUUUGAUCAACGACCGGAUCAUUAAAAAAUAUUAAAAUGCAAA